AUGGAGCACUGGGAUUUGGACGCCCAGCUGGCAGCGGACUAUGUCCGCUUCCGCCCCACGGCGCGCGCCUGCCUGCCGCAGCCCUUCUUUCGCGCAAAGAAGCGGAAGAAGACGGAGGCGGCUUCCAACCGCGACUCCGGGGGCGAGCUGCCGGCGGAGCAGGCGAAGCUGCGGGAGCUGUGCGUCGGCGAGCUGCAACGUCACGUGACCUGCGCGGAGAGCUGCGUUCAGCGGGCCGAGCUCUCCGCCCCCGGGCCUGCAGUGGGCAGGUCCGAGGAGGAGACCAUCCGAGAGGGCGUGGUGCUGCCUGCCGGCUGCUGCUGGGUGCAGGGCGACCUCUGGGCUGGCGAUCUGCGGCGGCUCGCCGGGGCCGGAUUUCGCGCCGCGGUGGUGGACCCUCCAUGGGAGAGCAAGAGUCGAGGGCUGAAGUACCAGAGCUGCCAACCCCAGCAACUGCUGCAGCUGCCGUUGGGCGAACUGUUGGCGCCUGACGCGCUGGUGGCCGUUUGGGUGACCAAUGACCCAAAGAAGCAGGCCUUCGUGCGUGACGAGCUCUUCAAAUCCUGGGGCGUGCAGGCGGUCGCAUGCUGGACCUGGGUCAAGGUCACCAACCAGGGGGAGCCGGUGUUGCCCUUCGGCAGCGAGAGGCCGCGUUUGCCGUUUGAGAAGGUCCUCGUGGCAAGGAAGCCAGGGAGCGAGCCUGCGAAGGAGGAGGAUCGCGUCUUCUCGGCAGUUCCGGGCCUGCACAGCCAGAAGCCCUUCCUGGACGCCUGGCUGCCGGAGGGCCCCAAGCUGGAGCUCUUCGCGCGGAACCUGCGGCCGGGAUGGACCUCGCUAGGCAAUCAGGUGCUGCUCUUCCAGAAAGCCUGCUUCUUCGAGCCGGAAGCGCAUGUGCUGCGGAUGGUGAAUUGGAAUCAGCUGCAGAAUGCCACUACGCCUGACAGUAAGCCCACCCCAGGGUGGCUGUUCAACGAGAUCAUCCGCGAUGUUCGGAACAACCCCAAGGACACCCCAGACGUGGCGGAGUACUUGAUGCAGUGCGUGUGCAGCGAUCAGCUGAACAUUCAGCUGAAGGGCGUUCUGUGCAUCAAGCAUAUCGCAUCAGAGGAUGUGACCUUCCAGAACUACCUUUGCGCAUGCCCCGGCGCAUUGAAGAUUAUGGAGGACAUUGCGGCGCCUCCCAUUGUUCCACAGGCGCGCGCCAUUGAGCCGCAGGAGGUGAGAACCGUGCGAGACGCCACCAAGUCGGCCUUGGAAGCGCUCCGGACGCCUCCCAGCGUGGAGAAAUCCACGGCUGGUGCUUCUUUGAAAGCCAGAUGCCAGGGCUUCGGCAACUACGAGCCUCCGCCAGAGGAGGAGCCAACAAAGAAAGCCGGGGUCGCUGGCCAGGCUGCGGACUUUGUGGCCGACUCCAUUGGACGCGAUAUGGUGGACGACUUUAGAGAGAAGGGCGCCGUGGGCGCGCUAAAGGACGCGACCAUCGACGCCCUGGACCUGGUCUUGGACGGCGUUGACACCAUCUGGGGCUGGGUGGCCGGUUCAAAGGAGACCGACCAGCCGCGGAUUUGCCAACCUACGAACCAGCCUCAAAUGCCAGGACAGUUCCAAGCGGCUGGGUCCUCCGGGUACUCGGGCGGACAGCAGUUCCAAGCGCCGGCCGCGCCCAAGACGUCGGCGAACCACUAUGCCGCUGCCUUCGGGGGCGGCGUGGUGGGUGCGAACAACCCGGUGAUGGUGGGUGGCUUGCCAAAUGGCCAGCCCAGCCAGCCGGCGAGCUACCAGAGCUACACCGGCGCGGCUACGAGCCCGGCGCCGGCGGCUUCUCCGCCCGAAGAGCCCAAGCCGAAGCCCGUGGUGGACCUUUUGUCCAUGGAUGAGCCGAAGGCUCCGGAGUCCGCAGCACAGGUUACUGAUUUGCUGGGAGAUUUUGAGCCAGCGGCGCCCAACACGACACAGGCUUCGCAAAACAUGCUGGACCUUUGA